AAGGAUUUCUCAUGGGUUUUACCACAUCAAAGAAACUGUUCAGUACAGAUUAGUAAGUACGCACAAGUAAAUCUGUGCUUACUUUGCUUACUGGGUCAUCUUCCCCUGUAAAGGACUGUAAAUUUGAAAAGAGACUUUGAUUCUGCAGGAAGGUAUGGUGUUGGGAGACAGACACAUGCUAGCCAUACCUAGAGUAAGAAUCUUCGAUGUGGUGAAAAAAUGUGAAAUUGUUCACUAUAGACGAUCUGGCAAGCAAGGUAACCAUCGUGCUUACCUUGCCUAUUUGAUUAUCUGCCCUAGGUGAUUAUCUGAAAUUAAAGUUUAACUGGGUAUCCUGUAUUUUAUUCGGCAACCUUACUUAGGAGGUCACUAUCUGUCGACUUCGUUGACAGAAUUGUUUCCUCCCACCUGUGCAAUGGGGCUAAUGAUAGCACCCGCCUCAAAAGGAUUGAUGGGAGCAGUAAAGAAGCACCCGGCACGCAGUGAGCCCUCAAUUCAUAUGAUUGCUUGGGGACCAGCCUGCCAGUGGAAAACCCUCCCACCUUAAAAAACACAAACAGUAAGAAACACUUCCCCAGACGAAAGGCUCCGCGGCCAAGCUUUGGCUGCUCACACCUGCGGGCCCGGCCAGCCUCUUCCGAGUCAGGUGACCGCGCGCUCUCACGUGACCCGGCCCGACUGCAGGCGGCAGGAGGCGGAAGUGGAAGAGGAGUUGGAAACGGCUUUUGUGGCCACGGCAGUUUCAUGGUGAUGACAUGGCAUCUGCCAGCCCCAGCCGGGCAGGAGUGGCCCUGCCUUUUGAGAAGUCUCAGCUUACUUUGAAAGUGGUGUCAGCAAAGCCCAAGGUGCAUAAUCGUCAACCUCGAAUUAACUCCUUUGUGGAAGUGGCAGUGGAUGGGCUUCCCAGUGAGACCAAGAAGACUGGGAAACGAAUUGGGAGCUCUGAGCUUCUCUGGAAUGAGAUUAUCAUUUUGAAUGUCACGGCCCAGAGUCAUUUAGAUUUGAAGGUCUGGAGCUGCCAUACCUUGAGAAAUGAACUGCUAGGCACCGCCUCUGUCAACCUCUCCAAUGUCCUGAAGAACAAUGGGGGCAAAAUGGAGAACACGCAGCUGACCCUGAACCUGCAGACGGAGAACAAAGGCAGUGUUGUCUCAGGCGGAGAGCUGACAAUUUUCCUGGACGGGCCGACUGUUGAUCUGGGAAGUGUGCCUAAUGGCAGUGCCGUGACAGACGGGUCACAGCCACCUUCGAGAGAAUCCAGUGGGACAGCUGUUCCUCCAGAGAACCGGCACCAGCCCCCCAGCACUAACUGCUUUGGUGGGAGAUCCCGGACGCACAGACAUUCAGGUGGUUCAGCCAGAACAACCACAGGAUCCAAUGAGCAGAGCCCUGGUACUAGGAACCGGCACCGCCAGCCCAUCAAGAACCCAAGUCACAAUGGCUUGCCCAAUGGCACAGUGAAUGACGAAGCCACUGCAGCCACUGACCCUGAAGAACCUUCUGUUGUUGGUGUGACAUCCUCACCUGCUGCAGUGUCGAAUGUGACCCUGAACCCCAAUGCAGCCUCUCUCCCUGCACCAGCCACACCAGCUGAAGGAGAGGAGCCAGGCACCUCGGGCACUCAGCAGCUCUCAACGACUGCCCAGGCCCCUGAUGCUCUGCCUGCUGGAUGGGAGCAGCGAGAGCUGCCCAACGGGCGUGUCUAUUAUGUUGACCACAAUACCAAGACCACCACCUGGGAACGACCUCUUCCUCCAGGCUGGGAGAAACGUACCGAUCCUCGAGGCAGGUUUUACUAUGUGGACCACAACACUCGGACCACCACCUGGCAGCGCCCGACAGCGGAGUACGUGCGGAACUAUGAGCAGUGGCAGUCACAGCGGAAUCAGCUCCAGGGGACCAUGCAGCACUUCAGCCAAAGAUUCCUCUACCAGUCUUCGAGUGCUUCGACUGACCAUGAUCCACUGGGCCCCCUCCCUCCUGGCUGGGAGAAGAGGCAGGACAAUGGACAGGUGUAUUACGUGAACCAUAACACACGCACUACCCAAUGGGAGGACCCUCGGACCCAGGGGAUGAUCCAGGAGCCAGCUCUGCCCCCAGGGUGGGAGAUGAAAUACACCAGUGAGGGGGUGCGAUACUUUGUGGACCACAAUACCCGCACCACCACCUUUAAGGAUCCUCGCCCAGGGUUUGAAUCUGGGACGAAGCAAGGUUCCCCUGGUGCCUAUGACCGAAGUUUUCGGUGGAAGUAUCACCAGUUCCGCUUCCUCUGCCAUUCAAAUGCCUUACCUAGCCAUGUGAAGAUCAGCGUUUCCAGGCAGACUCUUUUUGAGGAUUCUUUCCAACAGAUCAUGAACAUGAAACCCUACGACCUGCGCCGCCGGCUCUACAUUAUCAUGCGUGGCGAGGAGGGCCUGGACUACGGAGGCAUCGCCAGAGAGUGGUUCUUCCUCCUGUCCCAUGAGGUCCUCAACCCCAUGUAUUGUUUAUUUGAAUAUGCCGGGAAGAACAAUUACUGUCUGCAGAUCAACCCUGCCUCCUCCAUCAACCCCGACCACCUCACCUACUUCCGUUUUAUUGGCAGAUUCAUCGCCAUGGCUCUGUACCACGGAAAGUUCAUUGACACUGGCUUCACCCUCCCUUUCUACAAGCGAAUGCUCAACAAGAGACCAACCCUGAAAGACCUGGAGUCAAUCGAUCCUGAAUUCUACAACUCUAUCGUCUGGAUCAAAGAAAACAACCUAGAAGAAUGUGGCUUAGAGCUAUACUUCAUCCAGGACAUGGAGAUCCUGGGCAAGGUCACAACCCAUGAACUGAAGGAAGGAGGUGAGAGCAUCCGAGUCACAGAGGAGAACAAGGAAGAGUAUAUCAUGCUGCUGACUGACUGGCGUUUCACCCGAGGUGUAGAAGAGCAGACCAAAGCCUUCCUGGAUGGCUUCAAUGAGGUGGCCCCCCUGGAGUGGUUGCGCUACUUUGAUGAGAAAGAGCUGGAGCUGAUGCUGUGCGGCAUGCAGGAGAUAGACAUGAGUGACUGGCAGAAGAACACCAUCUACCGGCACUACACCAAGAACAGCAAGCAGAUCCAGUGGUUCUGGCAGGUGGUGAAGGAGAUGGACAAUGAGAAAAGAAUCCGGUUGCUGCAGUUUGUUACUGGAACUUGCCGCCUGCCUGUUGGGGGAUUUGCCGAACUUAUUGGUAGCAAUGGACCACAGAAGUUUUGCGUUGACAAGGUUGGCAAGGAAACUUGGCUACCCAGAAGCCACACCUGUUUCAACCGUCUGGAUCUCCCACCAUACAAGAGCUACGAACAGCUCAAAGAGAAGCUGCUGUACGCUAUUGAGGAGACCGAGGGCUUUGGACAGGAGUAACUGAGGCCGCCUCCUCCCACCCUCCCAGCACACAUGUAGUCAUAAGUCCUCCCUGCCCGAGAGGCUGCUGGCCGUGCAGCCCUUGGGAGGCCUCUGCAGGAUGGUAAUCCUGGGUGGGGACCACACUGUCAUCACGUUGGUGGCAGCAGAGCCUGACUGUAAGAGGCCCUGCUUCCCACUCCUCACCUACCCACUGGUGGCAGUCUGGAAUAAAGCCCACUAGUCAUCUUUGGCCCUGUCACCCAUUUGCACAAUCUAGAGGGCUGACCCUCUCUGCAAAGCUCUCCCACCCUCUUCUGAAGACCAGCCCUAGGUGUGAGUGCGCGUGUACGUGCGGGCGCCUGGCCUGGUGGGCUGCAGCAGUGACCCUGUCUACAAGGUGGUUGCGUGAGAAUGAGAUCAGGCUCUUGGGGUAGCUGUUCUGAACUGAGGAAGCCAACGUUCUUUGCUGGUAAAGAAGAUUUUAUUUGAAAUAGAACUUCCCAGAGAUCUGUAUGAAAUGAAGAUCUUGUGACCUCUGGGUCUUGGCUUCCCUCCCUUGCAGGGCUCCAGCCAUGUAGGUGGAGCAGCCAGGCCCCUCUCUCCACCAGAGUGGGCUGUUCCGUUCUUUCGUAGCAAAUAAAGGUUACACAAGCUGCUUGGGUCUCGGGUGGAAACAGUCAACUCCCUCAGACGUUCUUCUUCCUUUUAUAUAUAAACUUGAAGCUUUUUGUGUGUAGGGUUGCUUUAUGUUUUGUUUUGGUAUGCUGCUGUCACUUUCUGUCAGGAGCUGAUGCAGCAAGUGUUGCUGGGACCUUGAGGCACCCAACCAGCCCUGUUGGUCCAAGAAUUUCCCAAACACCUACUCCUGUCGGGAAGUUGCUAUCAGUUCUGCGAGCUCAGGCAGGCCUGGCCCAGCCGCCCAGUGUCAUGGUGGCCUAUUCCCUGACAGAGGAAAAGG